AAUCGUAUGUGCGCCAACAACAAACACAACAAACCACCACCACAACACCUCAGCACAGCACAACAAAGCAAGCAAGCAGCGCGGCGACAGUGGCGAGCCAACGAUGAUGAAAGGUGUGGGCGCUGGUGGUGGAGACGGUGGUGGUGGCGGUGGUGGCGGCGGAGGGCGUGUGGUUGAGUUUGCGAUCCCAUCUGCGGAGAAAAGGAGGGAGGGAGGCAAGCACUACGUGUACGAGAUUGUGGUGACAUAUGAGGGUGGCACGAAGGUGCGCAUUUGGCGACGCUAUUCGCAGUUUGACGCGCUGCGGGACACCAUCCAAGACAUUUUGGGACCGGAGCAGCCGCUGCCGCGCCUGACGCGCAAGCUGUACUUGAAGCGAUCUGCAGUGCACGAGGUGGCGAUACACCGCCAGCCAAAGCUGAUCCGCUUCCUGAAGCAGCUGCUGCCGUUGCUGGCAGACGACAUGAAGCUGUCAACGGUGCUGACGUACUUCCUCACGCCCACCGACGCCGACAAGGCUCGUGCUAAACUGCCAGACCCCGACACACUGCUGCGCUUUGACGGGCAGCACGUACACCGGCGACGUCGUGCAUCGGACCAGCAGGGCGGCAUGGGCCCCGUCAAGGUGAAGGCGCUGAUGGACGUGGUGCCUGAAGAUAGCGGCGAGGAGCUGGCGUUCAGGGAGGGCGACAUCCUGACGGUGAUUGCCCGCUACGAUGACGGCUGGCUCGAGUGCACCCUCAACGACACCAAAGGCUUGGUGAGCCCGGAGUAUGUGGAGGAGGCUGACGCAAGUGAGGGCGGCGGCAGCGGCCAGCACUCGGUCAAGCCGACAUCGGCGGUGGAGGAACUGCUAACGACGGAGCGGCAGUACCUGCAGAACCUUGUGGAGGUGCGCGACACCUUCUUCCCCGUGCUGCGCGGGCUCGUGUCGGCACCAGAGGCAAAGGUGCUGUUCAACAACUGGGCGGAGCUGAUCCCGCUGCACGAGGCGUGUGUGCAGGAUCUGGAGGCGUCGGCAGGGGACCUCAACGCAACGCUCACGCGCCACUUUCAGACAUUUGAAGGCCCGUAUUGUCGGUACUGUGCAGGCAUCCCUGCUGCGCAGGACUUGUACCAGGCAAAGUGCAACGACAAGGCCUUUGCCAAGUUUGAGGCUAGCUUCCCCACCCUCAACAAGCCAACCCUCAACCACUUUAUGCGGCCCUUUCAGCGCGUGCUCAAGUAUCCGCUGCUCCUGCGUGAGGUGGUCUCGUCCACAGACCUCGACAUGUCCUCGGCUGUCGACGCAGCGUCGCGCCUUGCCGAGCAAGCGAACCUCAACAUGAACAACCCGCAACACCGGCUGAACAAGGAAGACAUAUCCGGGCCAGAGGGCGUGCAGCGCGCUGCCCUUCUGUCGUCCACUUCCGAUGUUCUCGCCUCGUCAUCAUCGUCGUCGUCAUCAUCAGCAGUGGCACUGCGUCCCCCGGCCCCGCCAUCAACGGCAAAGCCGGGACUUGUGUCCCCACCACCACCACCACCCCCGCCAACAUCAAAGCCACAACCACCACCAGCACACAGGCCACCACCGCCAGCGCACAAACCACAGCCAUCGCCACCACCACCACCAUCAUCAUCAUCAUCAUCGCCACUGCCAGCUCAGCGCAAGACAGCGAUUCGACCGCCACUGCCAACAGCAUCAACAGCAGCAUCGACAACCACACCGUCGUCAUCAUUGCAACACCAGGCAGGUCUGCAGAACGACCAAUCAGCCGUCACAUCGCUACCGCCGCCGCCGCCAUCGAAGCCAAGGCCAAAGGCUGCCAUCACUCCACCACCACCACCAGCACACAAACCACCGCCACCAGCACACAAACCGCCACCAGCAGCAGCACACAAACCACCACCGCCAGCACACAAACCACCACCACCAGCGAAACCAGCUGCUCUGUCGUCGUCAAAACCAGCCAAGCCGCCAAAGCCAGCGGCGCUGCGACGACCACCACUGAAGCCAACACCACCAACACCACCACCCCCACCAACACCGUGAUCACAGUGGUCGAGCGUGUGGUUUGAAGUAGCGCACUUGUUGUGGCUGCAGCAGCGGGCCCUGUUUGCAGUUUGGGUUACCUUUUUGGAGUUGUGUCGCUCUUUUCGUGUAGCCGUUAUCGCUGGCUUGUGGUUGGAUUGGGGGGGGGGGGGG